UAUAUUUUACUGACUAAUGAAAAAGUUAACGCUAGCUGGAAAUAUUUUCACAAAGAGUGUGAAAUGAUUGCCAUUCGGGAAACUUAAUUACAAAAAAGUACAGCCUUAUCUUGAAAGGAGGAGCUACUUUUGUUUGAAUUUCUGCUAUAAAGGUAACUUCAUGUUCGUAUUUAUUUUGUUUCUAAUGGACAAGAAAGAUAAUGUAAUUUUUCUCUUUUUUACACCAGUUGGGUAUAUAAGCACCCAGUAAAUACGAUCCUUCUUUAAAACGUCUUUUAUACACUAGAUGAAAAGAACCGCCAAAAAAUGUAACGCCCAAACGACGUUUUUGACAGACGCAAAAAAGACGUUUUACGGACGUUCCCGUAGGUAUGAAAACGUGUUAAAGAAUUAUUUAUUUCGUCUGUUUCAAAUUUUUAACUGCCAAGGCAGGCCUCCUUUAGAUAGUUUUAGCCUGUGCAUAUAAGGAUUUUAGUAAUUUUAAUUCUGAUGGGGGUGUGACAGACCAGUAAAAAAGGGUUAGACAAACAAUUAUGAAGUAUUUCCAUCAUUUUUAUGAUUAAGCAAUUGCAUAAAAAUAUAAAACAAUAUGGAAGCACACGCAUUGUUUGUAAGCAAAAACAAGUAAUAUAAAAUUUAAAAACAUUAGAUGGACUUCCCUCAAUUGAAUGAUCAAUGAGCAACAGGUAGCUAAGCAACAACUGAAUGUUUUUUUUAUCUUUUUACGAUAUAAAACAUUUUAAGAUUAAAUUAUUUAGGCAUGACUGUUAAGUUUACUAUUAAAAUUAUCUUAGAUGUAGCCACUCCCACAAAUUUUCCAUUAUAUAAAGUACCUGCCUAAAGUAUUAGAAACUUUGUGUCCAAUCAAGUUUGAAUUGGGAAUUUGGGUAUGUCACGAGCAUGUGCAUGAAAUGGUAAUUUACUUUGAAGUUUUCAUUUCUUGUUUUGAACUCGCCGGUUAAAGGUUAGAUAAAAUUUUUCUUGAUAAAAUGGGCGUGGGUAAAAUUCUACUGAUCGUUGGUAGCAUUGGUGCAUUCAUCUUUCUUGCAGCAUGUACCGGUGGAAAUUACUGGGUUGUGAGUAAAUUCAGUAGUGAUGUUGGACAAGGGUUGUGGAAAGCAUGUGAACACGUAAAGUGCGUUUCUAUUGAUGAUAACGUUGGUGGUGGUAAGAACCUUGAGGAUUGGUUCAAAGCUGUUCGCGCAUUCGCCAUUAUAUCAUGUUUAGCCUCAGUUGGUGGUAUACUUAUAUCGAUUUUAGGAGUAGUUUCCGAUAAAGUUAAAGGAUUGUUCGCAUCUAUUUUCUUAUUCGCUGCCGCAGGCUGCAUGGCACUUGCCUUGGUUAUUUUUAGCAGUAAGAUAAAUCUUGGUUCAACCAUCAAGUUUGGAUGGAGCUACAUCUUGGGAUGGAUUGGUACCCUUGGAGGGAUAGGGACAGCAGUUGUUGGAAUCUUAGCAGAAAAAUUUUGAAGAAAGAUACACUAAAUUAAAAAUACGAACCGAGAAAAAGCUAAACAGCUUGUUUGUUCAGAACGAAAAUAUAACUUGUUGAAUUUGAAUUUUAUUACGAAGUUUAUGAUUGGAUUUGUAUGUGUUUGUUUGUAACCAGCUCUAAUUUUAAAAGUGUAUGUUUAGUGUACGAAAGUAAACAAACAAACAAGCAAAAACACUGAAGACAAACUGUACUUUUUUUGUUUUGUUAUAACUUUGCAUGCUACCAUUUUUAAUUCUUCUAUUAAUUGUAACUGUUGUUGGAAUUUUUUGUAUGAACUACAAUUUUGGAUAAAAAUAUUAAGACAAAAGCAGUUUUUUCUUUAUUUUUUAAAUAUGGACUAAAGCGCCAAACGGUCAAUGCUCUGCAGUCGGCAUCCACACCUAGGAUAAACUAGUCGAGUUUAAAAUUUGAUAAGCGCAUUCUAUAGCAUGCCGCACACUGAAAUUAUUCCUGCAGGGCCAAUGAAGGUUCCAAAAUACGUGUAAAAAGGUCAUACCGAUGUCAGCAGCAAUUAGCACAGGAGUUGUAUUUAACCAAAUAGCCUAAUGAAACAAUAGCCCUAAGUCUACUCUGAACAAUGUCAACUUAAUUUGGACGAGUUCAAAAUGCGUUGACUAAUAUAGAAAUAACCUGUUAAUAACUUGUGGGGCCCAACUUAGUUUUCUUGUUUCAACAUAAUUUUGACCCAGAUUGUAGAUCUUGGUAUUACCCUGUACAUCUCUUUUGACCCAAGUUCUUGUACUUUUUUGGUAUUUUGUCUGUUAGGUAAGGCAAAUAAUUUUUUAAGGUGUGGCUUUAAAGGUGGUUGUAGCUUAAAAAGCACUUCUAGACACACUAUCUUUAACACUCUGUCACGCCUUACUACAGUAUAUUUUGUUUUGCAUGAACAAACUGCAUGCUUUUGAAAACGUAAUAAAAACAUACAACAGUGGUUGUGUUUGACAUUUUUUUCCGAUCAGUUAUAUCUUAUCUUUUAAUCUUUAAUCGCGAAAGAAUGAGUGAACAAACAUUCCUAACAAAAAUUGCAGUUUAAUUAAGUUUUUGGAUGGCGUCUUAAAGAACAAUUAGCAAUUAGUGAUCAAAACGUCGAGUAGAAUUUAACGACAUGUUUUACUGCCAUUUUAAUUUUUUUUAAAAAAACCAAGGGGUUUCUUACAGUAAAACGACUUCGCAUGUGAAAGUAUAUGGUGCACGACACAAAAAAACUGAUUUUUAUUUUUCCUGAGUUGCAUUUUCUUAAAAAUACUUCUAAUUUUUUCACUGACAGUCAUUGAUUCCAUAAAUAUAGCACGUAAGCUCUGUAGAAAACCUAAACCUAUUAAAAACUAAAAUUAAAUUGCCCUGGCAAAUGCGCUAUCAAAACAUGGUUAAAACGGGCUAAAAUACCCUAUUUUUGACAAAUUGACCUCCCAAAGAAAUAUUUAACAACCAAAAAUGCGUUUGACAGUCGUUGAAUAUUAAAAUACUAUCCUUUGCGAAGUGGAAACAACAAAAAUUAGAAAAAUUAGAAAAACUUUA